UGUAGCCUGACGAGGUUCGGGCGAUUUCAUCAGAAGACAGUGCAGAAGUUAUUAAUCAAUCAAUCAGCAAAAUUAUGGAAUUUGUGUUUUACGUACCAAUAAAAAUAUAUGAACAUUGUAUUAACAUUUUUUUCUAAGCCUGACGGUUAAUAUAAUGAACGCAACAGGUUGUAAACAAAGCUGACCUUGAGACACGAUACACAGGUGUGUGUGUGUUUACCUUACCUGUCGACAAGCGCUUGUUGAUUAUCGAAGCACCGCUACGGACGCCAUGGAAACGGUUUGUUGUGCAUUCCCCUGGUAAACAUAAGUGAUUUAUAUGAAUGAAAUCUAGCUCGCGCACAGUUCAGUUCCGUUGGAUCGAUAGAAAUUUUCACCAUUCGAGAGCCACCUCAGCAAGAUGACACUGUAUUUCGACACGAAGGUUCAAUUUUUGGACAGUGAAGCUAUCAGUACCGUUAGCAGUUGGCACCAGAAUGAGCCCAUCUUCGCGGUGGCUUCCUACAGCCACGAACGGGGAGGUUCCGUUACAAUCUUCGAUGAUGCGGGAAUCCCGCUAAGAAAUGUGACCUACCCGGUACAUUCGACGUCACAGGCUACCGUUCUUACGUGGCACCCGGAGAGGAAAAUCCUCCUUAGCGGGUGGGAGAAUGGAGAGAUCCACGCAUGGUACGAGGGGAAGCGCGAUUUCACCACGAUCAGUGGACCGCACAAAUCGCCGAUCAUGCUGCUGGAGUUCAGCGAAAAAGGCGGCCGUGUCAUUACGGCCGAUGCGAUGGGCGUACUGACGGGAUGGCGCUACGAUGGACACGGCCAGUUUUUGACCAUGUUUCAUCACGAUUUGCGGGACCCACUGCUGCAUAUUACUUUCCGCCGGUCGGUGGAAAGUGCCAGCAAUCGCGAGUUGACUAAUCUUGCCCGAGCUGCAGUGGCCGGUGACGAGGCGGCGCUGGAUACGCUAACCACUUGGCGGCCGAGAACGGCCGUACGAAAUUUGGCCCACUCUAGUUUGCAGGAUAACUAUUGUUUCUACGCUUGUACCCAAGCUGGUUAUUUGUACUACAUUAACCAGCAGGGAACGUGCACGGAAAUCAUCCGAACUGACAGCAUACCCAUCGUGCAGAUUCUGUGGCAUCCGAAGCAAGAUUCAAUCGUACUCUUGCUGGAGGACAUCACCAUCGGCCACUACGAGGUAGACGGCAGUGGACAGAUCACAGAGCUGGAUCGCGUCAAAUUUUCCGGUUCGGUAAAGGCAUCCGGUUACAAGAGUGCUAUCACAUGGGUAGCUGGAGUAGGUGCUGCUCUCGCCAUUCUGACGGGCGAUCUGUCCGUUCGAAUUUGGGACAUUGAUAGUAAUGAUAAUUAUGUACUGGCGAUGGAGCUCGCCAGUGCUGAUGGAAAUAACCUGCCGGCCGCCAGAUUAGGUCCAGCGGUUGAGGUGUUUACCUGUGUUGCUUACUGCAAAGAUAACCAAACUUUGAGCGCAGGCACGAAUCAGGGAAACUUGUACACCUGGCGGAGGUUGAAUGUUAACAGAUCCUACGAAUAUCCGGAGCGCCAGUGGCAGCUGACAAAUGUUACACCGGUUCGUGGAACUAUAAAAAGUCUCACCUGGGGCAUAACGGACACCAAUCGACCCUGCAUGAUGGUGAACUGUCUAUCGAGUGUGUUCAUCCUGAAGGAGCAAGCACUGCUAGCUUGUCACACGCGAACCCUGUGGGGCACCCAGAAAAAGUCAAACGAACUGCUGCUAGUGCAGCAGAAUUUGACCGCUUCUUCGACAGCCGCGGGUGGCGCCACCGAGAGGCGUCACACAUCGGUGAUGAAAAGCGAUAAUUCCAUCAUCCAUCUUGCGCUGAGCGAAAUAAAUCUUGUCGUAACGAAUGGCCGCACGGCUGCCGUCUAUCGGGUGGGCAGUACCGGCAGUGGUACUUCCGUCAUUUCCUCAUCAAGCGGCGGUGGAGGCACCACUAGUGGUGGGGAGGAUGUCGAUGCACUAUCCAUCACGCAUGUCGGCAGUUUCGGCGUUGAUUGCGUUGCGAUUUUCCUCUACGAGCAGAACUUGGUGGCGCUCGGCCCCGAGCAGGUUAAGAUUUAUUCGCUCAGCGGGGUCGUACUGCAGGAGAUAUUCUUCAAUGAUAAUGAAGGCAAACCGAUUGGCGCCGAUCUUCUGGGACCGUUUUUGACCCUUUUCACUUUGAAUGGUUACGUUAAGUUGUUCGAUAUUUCACGUCACGAGUUGAAGUUGAUUCAACCGUCGAAAUCGGCGUACGAUUUAUUCGAAAAGUUUGGUGAAAUAAUUGCAGCCAAAAGCAAUGCCACGGGAACACAUCUAGCUCUGACCAUCGCCAACGAGCAACUGCUGCCGGAUGGAAAACUGUACCUGUGGAAUUUAGAGAGCAAUCAGAUUAAACACUACGAGUUCACCAGUAAAACCGAUUCGGACGCGAUCGUCCAAUACAUGCCGAUUAGCUUCUACUGGGAUUCGGACGAUCCGCGAAUGCUAGCUUGCGAGGCGAAACCUAUUGGCGGACCAGCGCAGAAAGCUGCUGGCAAGAGUGGCAAUAUUCCAGAAUCCCAAAUCCACCUCCUGUUUGUAGAUCAAAAGUCUCACCUCAAAGAACUUGAACUCAUAGAACUUGGCAGCGGAGAGCAAUUGAUUAACUUAUGCAUUCCACAUGUAGUAAUUUUAAAGCUCAAUCAAAUUGAACUGCUUCCGCUCAGAGACUUCAAAGGUUUGGAGCACUGCGAUGUGAUCACUCGAAAUAUGGUCCUAAACUUUAGCCUCAACGUCGCACAGGAAAACAUGGAUCAAGCCUUUAGUUGCAUUCGUUCCCUAAAAUCGGACACGGUUUGGACCAACCUAGCAAAGCUGUGCGUACACACGGGGCGCCUGGAUGUGGCGAAGGUUUGCCUCGGUCACCUAAAAAUGGCUCGAUCGGUUAGAGCACUCCGAAAAGCCAUGGAAGACGACAGCUUAGAGCAUGAAUGUCGAGUCGCGAUCCUGGCCAUUGAGCUAAACAUGAUACCGGAAGCGGAGGCUCUUUACAAAAAAGUUGGUCGAUACGAUUUGCUCAACAAACUGUAUCAAGCCGCCGGACGUUUCGAAGAGGCACUGGAAAUAGCGGAACACCUAGAUAGAGUGCAUCUAAAAAACACCUACCAUAAGUACGCUGAAUGGUUAAAAGAAAACGGCAAAACUCAAAAGGCUAUUCAAUACUACGAAAAAACCAACACCUUAAUGCAUAACGUCAGCCAACUGCUAAUGGACGACCCCGUGGCGCUGAAAAAGUACAUGCAAUCCACGAAAGACCCUGAGCUGCUCAAGUGGUGGGCACAGUACAUCGAAAGUAGCGGCGAUAUGGAAGGGGCCUUCAAAGUGUACCAAAAAUCGGACGACUGUUUCUCACAGGUUCGUAUCCUAUGCUUUAUCGGUCAGGUAGGAAAAGCGGAUGAAAUAGCCCGUAACAGUGGCGAUCGUGCCGCCUGCUAUCAUCUCGCGAGAUACUACGAAAAUUGUGGCAAAUUCACCGAAGCGAUUCAGUUUUACACACGAGCCCAAACCUACGGUAACGCGGUCCGCAUUUGCAAGGAAAACGACCUGCAGGAUGAUCUGUGGACGGUAGCUUGUAUAGCCCGGUCGCGGGAUAAAGCUUCUGCGGCGGCGUACUUCGAAGAAAGCGGAGACUUUCGCCGCGCGGUUGAGCUGUACCAUCGGGCCGGAAUGCUUCACAAGGCGGUCGAGAUGGCAUUCAAGUCACAGCAACCCGAAUCACUGCAGGUGAUUGCUUCCGAGUUGGAUGCCAACUCCGAUCCGGAGUUGGUCAGCCGCUGUGCCGACUUCUUCAUUGGAGUCGAACAAAACUACAAGGCAGUCCAACUGUUGGCAACGACCCGUCAACUUGAACGGGCCUUACAAGUAGCGGCCGAACAUUUCGUCCCGCUAACGGAAACGCUAGCAGAACUCUUGACACCCACGAAAAAUGAAGUUCCGGAAGAUUCACGAGUCAAAAUAUUGAUUCAACUUGGAGAGAUUCUCCAAGAGCAGGGCGACUAUCAUUCGGCAACUAAAAAAUUCACCCAAGCUGGCGACAAAAUACGAGCGAUGAAAAGUUUGCUCAAAUCGGGUGACACCGAUAAGAUCAUAUUUUUCGCCGGUAUGUCACGACAGAAGGAAGUGUAUGUCAUGGCGGGUAACUAUUUGCAAGCGCUAAAUUGGCAGAGUGACUCCAAGAUCCUUAAAAACAUUGUAACCUUCUACACCAAAGGGCAAGCUUACAAUCAGCUGGCAAAUUUCUACGCUAAUUGUGCGCAGGCUGAGAUCGAUGAAUUUCGCGAUUAUGAUAAAGCUUUAAAGGCUUUACAAGAGGCAGCCAAAUGCCUGUCCCGAGCUACACCUCCAUCGCAGAAAAUCAACGAAACACUGCAGCAAGCGAUGAUGGAAGUUAGGAAGGUAAUCGAUCUACAAGACGCUAUCGAGCGGCGCGAGUUCCUAGCGGCAAUCAAAAUUCUGAAAGUCAAACUCGAAGAACCGAUUGCCCCACCCGUUCAAGUGUGGGACCUGCUGGCCAUGUUGAUCGAAUGUUUAAUCUCGACAAGCCAAUACUCGGAAGCGUUAUUCCACGUGAAGACACUGGCACAGAAGAAAAUCGACUGGUACCAGCAGGAACUGGUUGAAAAAAGUUUGCUGGAUAAGUUGGUAGCCGAAACGGGGGUCAAUCUGGAACCGUACGCCAACCCGGGCCGGGUACAGCGACCGCUGACUUCUUCGACGGUGACCAUGGAAAGUGAGGAGGAAGAAAUUCAGGAGGAGUUUGAGCAGUGAAAUCAGUUUUAGGUGAAGUAAAUUAGCAGUACAUGAAACCAAUAUUUAUUAUUUAUUGAAUAAAAUUUUAGA